CUCUGAUUCAAAAGCAGAAUACUGGCUUUAUCAGAGCAUGAGCAGAAGUGACCUAACACCACAAACAAAAUGCUGCGUAUAACUUCAGCCUUUUUUCUAGCACUACUGCACUGUUGCAAUGCCCAAACCAAAACCAGCCAGGCCGCUGCACCUACAGACUGUGAGACCAUUGAGACGGACGCAGGAAUGGCGCUGGAUCUGGUGAACAGACAUCGCCAGGACGGCUUCGUGUUCGGCCUGUUCCGUGUUGCUGAUGCACACAAACUACACACGGAAAAUUCAUCAGUCCUUUACUUAACUUUGGAUGUGCUGGAAACUGAAUGCUCCGUGUUGUCUGGAAGACCCUGGGAGACUUGUGAAUAUGGUGAUCUCUAUUCCAUGGACUUUGGGCAAUGUAAGAUUAUCACAUAUACAAGCCAGCUGCUGAAGAAACCUAAAUUAUAUGGAUAUAAUUGUACAUUAAGUCCAGUUCCUCCCGAUUUAAUAGAGUGCAAAGAUUGUCCUGUAAAAGUUGAAGUCUUAGAAGUCACUGAGGAACAUAAAGAUCUUGCUGCAAAGCUCCUGGAAAAAUUCAACCGUGAGGGUAACCACACAAACUACUUCAAAGUCAACAAAGUUGAGAAGAUUCUAAAGGCAACUGCCUCCCGUGAAGCUCACAUUUUAGGAUUCUCUAUAAAAGAGACCAACUGUUCCAGAGGAGAAAGAGAACAGCAACAAGCAGAUGAGCCACUGGAAUGUGAAUUUCUGGAUGACUGGCAUGCUCGCACAGGAUUCUGCAAGGCAAGAACUGUUAGUGAUCCAGAUGAACCCAAUGGAAUAGAAAUAAACUGUGAACUCUAUCAUCCCUGGCAACGUUACUAUGGACAAAGAUGCAAAUCUCCAGGUCCAGGUUGGUCACAGAAGCAUCCCCAUCAUCACAGACAUCGUCACAGGCAUAGAGGUCCAGCUACCUUUCAGUUCAAACCUGAAGACCCUGAGCAUAACCAUGGUUUCAACAAAGAUCAUCAGGACAGCCACGAAGAACCUCCUCCUCCCUGCCACGGUAGACAUCAUCACCACCCUCACCCUCCACACCGUGGUCUGGCUCCUUCCCAGGGGGAACCAGAGAACCCCUCUUCCACUCCUCUCUAUGACAAACAACAGAGUCCUCCUCUUAUUCAAGAGAAAUCUGAUUUUCCCAAUUCCACUCCUCCUCCUUAUGAUGAGCAACAUAGCCCUCCUCCUCCUCCCCAUCAUGGACCACACUACCCUCCUCGUCACGGACAUCAUCACCCACACCAUCCUCCCCAUCAUGGACCACACUGCCCUCCUCCUCACGGACAUCAUCACCCACAUCAUCCUCCCCAUCAUGGACCACGCUGCCCUCCUCCUCAUGGACAUCACCAUCCACACCAUCCUCCCCAUCAGGGGCCACACUGCCCUCAUGGACAUCACCACCCACCUCCUCCUCCUCAGGAGGAACCAGAGCACCCCUCUUCCACUCCUCUCCAUGACAAACAACAGAGUCCUCCUCUUAUUCAAGAGAAAUCUGAUUUUCCCAAUUCCACUCCUCCUCCCUAUGAUGAGCAAUAUAGCCCUCCUCCUCCUCCCCAUCAUGGACCACACUAUCCUCCUCGUCACGGACAUCAUCACCCACACCAUCCUCCCCAUCAUGGACCACACUGCCCACCUCCUCAUGGACAUCAUCACCCACACCAUCCUCCCCAUCAUGGACCACAUCACCCUCCUCCUCAUGGACAUCAUCACCCACACCACCCUCCCCAUCAUGGACCACACUGCCCUCCUCCCCCUCCCCCUCCCGGACACCAUCCUUACCUCUAUCAUCACUAUCACAGGCAUCAUUGCAACAAGACACACACAUCUGGAAAGUACUUUCCAUUCCAAGUAACUGGAUCUGUCUAUCGCAUUCCAGUUCUAAAUAUGCAAGAUUCUCUCACACCUCCCAGUGCAAAAUUUCCUGAGUUAUCACCUCUUGGCCCUCAUAGCACUGAUGAAGGUACUCCCUUCACUGACUCAAGUCUAAGGGAGAUUCCAGAAGCUCCACAUUUUCCAGAUCACCCUUCACAAUCAAAGUCAUGCCCAGGAAAACCUAAACUUGAUCUUCCAAAAAUUUUGCCUUUACUUCCACUUAAGUCCAUGGCAGAAAGUCUUGAAUGACCCCAGAGAAAGAUAUUCCUGACUCGAGGGUUGCAGGCCUAUGACCAAUGCACAGUGAAUGAUAAAAGCAUAUGGUAAAGAGGGAAAAGCAUACAAUUUCCAGGGAGGAGAAGCACUGACAUCACUGAUUAAGACAAGUAUUCCAACUUGUUUCUUGAUCCCAGCUAUCUCAGACUCCCACUAUAACUGAAAGAAAGAUUCAAAAGUUUGAGUCUUUCAAGUAAUGUGACUGGGUAGAAAUCUCAAUCAGUUCAACUGUAUGUUCUUUUCUGAGGAAGUAUGAUCAUCUUCCAUAAAAAAAAAAUCCAUGGCACUACAUUACACUUCAUAAAAAUCCAAAGAAAAUAAAAUCAUGUAAUCAUUUCUUUCUUGACACAGUUGCUAAAGUUUUGUCUUUUUUUACUACAGAUGUUUAGCAGCACAUUCAAUACCCAUGAGGCAUACUCCAACAUAAACUGAUUAAUGGUGUUACCAGGUCAUCUAGAAGAGGUCUGAGUAUAGUUAAUGAGUUGUGGUGUAGCACAACAGCUGGUCUGUACAGGUGCUUCCAUUACUACAGAUACUGGUGGAAAUAUAUAAAAAAUACUGCAUUCAAGUACAGCCCUUUUCAAAUAGUUCAUAACUGCUCCCAGGGGAGGGAAAAAGCAAAGACAUGUAAUAACUCUUCCAGGUAAAUGUUUUUGUUGUUGUUGUUUUUAAAUCAAUGAACCACUUGCCAGCUGUACUGUAAGCCGCAUCGAAAGAAGGGGACCAAUAGGGCAAGGAAGAUAACUGUCCCCCUCUACUCUGCCCUCAUAAGGCCUCAUCUGGAGUACCGUGUCCAAGCCUAGGCCCCCCCAGCACAAGAAGGAUGUGGAGCUAUUGGAGGGUGUCUAGAGGAAAGCCACAAGGACAACGAAAGGGCUGGAAUACCUCUACUACAAAGAAAGGUUGAGGGGGUUGAGCUUGUUUUGUGCAGAAGAGAAGGCUCCAGGGAGAGCUCACUGUGGCCCUCCAGUACUUGAAGGGAGCUUAUGUGCUCUGAUAGUGAUAGGACAAGGCAGAAUGGCUUUCAACUAACAGAAGGGAGAUAUAGGUGAGAUGUUAGGAAAAAAAUAUUACUCAGAGGGUGGUGAGGCACAGGCUGCCCAGAGGAGCCAUGGAUGCCCAAUGCCUGGAGGUGCCUAAAUCCAGAUUGCAUGGAGCCCUGGACAGCCUGAUCUGGUGGGGUCAACUCUGCUCACAGCAGGAGGUUGGAAUUUGAUGACCGUUCAGGUCUCUUUCAACCGAAGUCAUUCUGUGAUACUAUGACUCUAAGAAUCUUUCUUUCUGCUGGCAAUUUAGUUGGGAGGAGCAGGAAGAAAGGGCUCUAAAAAUCUCUUUGUA